GGCGAGUCCAGGCUUGGCACCAGCCCAAUCAAAGCCCAUCUCUGCUCUAUAAGAGGAGCCCAGUCCUCCCAGCUUCACAGCCACUCAGAAAAAAAAUCCAGCUACCGUGCCUGUCUUCUCACUGUCUCAGCCAGUAGCAAGAAAACAUGGGCAGACAUAAAUUGCUUUUGGAAAAAAUAGCCCGGUCCUGCCAGGUCCGGAACCUGCUGCUUCGUCAGGCCUUGGCAGAGUGUCUGGGCACCCUUGUCCUUGUGAUGUUUGGCUGUGGUUCUGUGGCCCAGCUGGUUUUGAGCGAUGGUUCCCAUGGCAUGUUCUUCACAGUCAACUUUGCAUUUGGCUUUGCUGCCAUAUUAGGCAUCCUGGUCUGUGGCCAGGUAUCAGGGGGCCAUCUGAACCCAGCAGUAACUUAUGCCCUGUGCCUGCUCGGAAGAGAGCGUUGGAGAAAGUUCCCCAUGUACUUCCUCUUUCAGACAGUUGGUGCUUUCUUUGGUGCUGGCAUCAUUUUCGGCAUGUACUUUGAUGCCCUGACAGACCGUCCUGGAUCUUUCAAUGUAACUGGUCCUACUGCAACAGCUGGGAUCUUUGCUACCUACCCUGGAGAACAUCUCACCCUUUUAAAUGGUUUCUUUGAUCAGAUGAUCGGCACAGCAGCGCUCAUUGUUUGUAUCCUGGCUAUUGUGGAUCCAUACAACAACCCCAUCCCCCAAGGGCUGGAGGCCUUCACUGUGGGAUUUGUGGUUCUGUGCAUUGGAUUGUCUAUGGGCUUUAACUCUGGCUAUGCUGUCAAUCCUGCCCGAGACUUUGGACCACGUCUUUUCACGGCUAUGGCUGGGUACGGCAGCGAAGUUUUCACAGUUAGAGGAGGCUGGUUCCUGGUGCCCAUUGUUGCCCCAUUUAUUGGCAGUACCAUCGGUGUGAUAAUUUACCAGCUGAUGGUUGGCUUCCAUACGGAGGGAGAAGCACGUGACCAGAAAAUCGCAAUAGAGGAGAGUGUCCGACUCACCAAUAUCACCACCAACGAUAAAUCCAAAGAACUACACUGAGUGUGUAGGAAAGCUAACAACUCUAACACAUGCACAUUCUGUAAAUAUCCACAUACAGCAGCAUUUUAUCCUUCCAGCCAUGACUAUGUUUUACAAUCUUUACAGCUGUUAGAAUAUCCCUCAAGUUAGCUGUGUGUUUUUGAAAACAGGCCACUCUCUUUACAUUAUAAUGUAAUUGGAUUAUAUUUUAGGACUGGAUUGUAUUGCAUUGCCCUGAGUGUGAAUAUAGAGGGGCAAAACCCAACUUCCGAAACCUAAAAUUCCAUUAAUUAUUUUAGUCUAUAGAACUCCACUUUGAACAGUAUUGUAUGCUUUAUACUAGUGUAGUUUUACAUAACUUUUAUGUUAACAUAUGAAUGUCUUUUGCAACCAAUGUCUAUGAAUUUUGACAGUCCAGAAUCUUUCACUGCAUCUCACAUUUAAAUUCAGGGAAAUUGGGAAACAAAGAAUUCAAAAUUCAUCGUAAAAGUUCAAAUAUUGCAGAAUAUUUUAUUGGGACAUGCCAUCAACUAGCAAACUUGAUCAUUUACCCUUUCACUAGUCUUGCAUUGCCAAACUCCACAGGACUGUGAAGUAAAGUCUGAACCCUCCACAUUUUCCUGCAUUCAUCUUUGUAAAUCUUCACAAUCAUUCCCUGAAAGAACCAAGCAGGUCUGCCUUAUUGCACGAUGCACAUUUUUUUCAAAACUUGCCAUAUUCAGCAUGUAGCUUGCCAGGACGAAGGUUCGGGUUGAUCUUCCUCAAAGCAAAAAAAUGUAACCGCUGUUUUGUAACUGCUUGUUCCCCAUUUGUUGUUUUCCACAUUCAUCAUCUAAAACUCAGAUUUUCUGUUUUUUUUAUUUUUUAUAUAUUUUUUUUACUGCAUAUUUUUGUUUAUUACUUUUUUUAUCACUAUUAUGUAGUCACAUUCUGUUCUGUAUGUUCCUUUUGUGUUCUUUAUCACAUUGUCAAAACAUUAUUUAGGUGGAGGCUUCAAAUAAACACAUUGGGUUUUCUGCUUCUUCCUGCACUGUACAUCAUGUUAUUUUCAUUUCAUUUAAAUUGUGCAAAAUAAAAAA